AUGGAGGCAAAGGCGGAAAAGAUGAUAGUGGUGGUGGGGAACUCAGAGGAGGAGGUGAAGGUGGUGGUGGUGAACUUAGAGGGCCGGGUUGGGGGAGAAAGUGAAGGUGGAGGUGGUGGCGGAGGCAAAGAAGAUGAAGGUGGUGUUGGUGGUGAACUCGGAGGAGGAGGUGAAUGUGGUGGUGAAGAAAGUGAAGGUGGUGGUGGGGAAUUUAAAGGUGGUGGUAGGGAAUUGGGUGGCGGAGGCGGAGGAGAUGAAGGUGGUGGUGGGGAACGCAAGGGUUGA